AUGAAGUACGUUCUGGUCUCUGGUGGUGUCAUUAGCGGCAUUGGUAAGGGCGUAAUUGCCUCGAGUACCGGCCUGCUGCUCAAGACCCUCGGAGCCAAGGUUACUUCCAUCAAGAUUGAUCCUUAUAUGAAUGUUGAUGCCGGAACUAUGGCUCCCACCGAGCACGGAGAGGUGUUCGUGCUGGAUGAUGGUGGUGAGGCUGAUCUUGAUCUGGGUAACUACGAGCGAUAUCUUGGAGUUACUCUGGGACGGGACAACAACAUCACAACCGGCAAAGUCUAUAAGCACGUCAUCGAGAAAGAGAGACGCGGAGACUAUCUCGGCCGUACUGUGCAAAUUGUGCCGCAUUUGACCGAUGCCAUCCAGGAAUGGAUCGAGCGCGUUGCGAGAACUCCUGCCGACGACACUCACGAAGAACCAGACGUCUGUGUUAUCGAGCUCGGAGGCACCCUCGGUGACAUUGAGAGUGCUCCAUUCGUCGAGGCUCUGCGCCAGUUGCGUCGUCGCGCUGGCAAGAAUAACUUCGUUCAAAUCCACGUCAGCUUGGUUCCCGUGAUUAAUGACGAGUUGAAGACCAAGCCUACCCAGCAGGCGAUCCGGGAUGCCCGCUCAGCUGGUCUGAGCCCAGAUUUGAUUGCAUGCCGUUGUGAACGGCCUCUGGAUCGGUCAACAAUUGACAAGAUCGCCAUGUUCUGUCAGGUUGAUGGACCUGACAUGGUGCAGAGCGUCCACAAUGUCAAGUCGACCUACCAUGUACCCCUGCUUCUCGAGCAACAGGGUUAUCUGCAGGUUCUGGGUGACCUCCUCAAGGUUCAGGAUAUGAAUCUCACCCAGGUGGCCAAGGGUCAAAGCACUUGGAAAAAGUGGAAGGCCCUGACCACUUCUCAGGAGCACGCCUUUGACUCGGUCAACAUUGCACUUGUUGGCAAAUAUGUAACCCUUCAUGAUUCCUACCUGUCUGUUAUCAAGUCUCUGGAGCAUGCGGCAAUGGCUUCCCGCAAGAAGCUCAACAUCAUCUGGGUCGAUGCCUCACAUCUCGAGCAUGAUGCCCGUGAUGAGCACCCUCAAGAAUACCACAAGGCUUGGCAUGACCUCACCACUGCUGAUGGUGUGCUCGUGCCUGGAGGAUUUGGCAGCCGUGGCCACCACGGAAUGAUGCUUGCCGCUGAAUGGGCUCGCACAAAGAAGGUGCCAUACCUGGGAAUCUGUCUUGGUAUGCAGAUUGCCGUCAUUGAGUAUGCUCGCAACGUUUGUGGUCUUGAAGGUGCCGAUUCUGUUGAAUUGGAGGAACGGACUCCUCACCCGAUUGUGGUCUACAUGCCUGAGAUUGACAAAGUGAACCUUGGCGGUACCAUGCGUUUGGGAUCACGCCCUACUCUCUUCCAGGAGAAUACGGAGUGGUCCAAGCUCCGUUCUCUUUAUGGUUUGGAACGUGCAUCUAUUGAUGAGCGCCACCGUCACCGGUAUGAAAUCAAUCCUGAUUACAUUGACCGUCUGCAGGCUGCAGGCCUGCACUUCAUUGGCAAGGACGAUAAGGGAGAGCGCAUGGAGAUUGUCGAGUUGAAGGACCACCCGUGGUUCGUGGGUGUUCAGUUCCACCCUGAGUAUCUCUCUCGCGUGCUUGCGCCCAGUAAGCCUUUCCUCGGAUUUGUCUCCACUGCCGCUGGUUGCUUUGACGAGGUCAUGAAGUUGUCGCAGGAGAAGGAGGCAGAUUUGACCAAUGGCGUGUCCAACAUUAUCAUUUAA